GAGCGUCAUGAGAAGUCAAUCAUAUACACAGCUCGCUGUGCACCUCGCCCAUCUCGAAGAUCUGGUGAGUCACCACACACACAGGCAGAGAGAGAGGAGGGGGUGAUCUCCUUGUCUGUCUGCGGCUGGUUGUUGUUGUGUCCGUCCGUGGUGGGCGCAGCGCACCUUCUUGACAACCUGUCGGACUUUGUCUCUGUGGUCCUGGUUGUUCGGGUCCACAUCCAGAUGAGUCACGUCAGCCUACACACACACAGACAGACAGCACACAUGCGUCUUGAUGGAAGGCGUGUGCUACGCUGUCGUGUGUUGUGUUGUGCUGACCUGCACGCCUAUGAGGUAGAUGCGCUGUCCGAUCAUGAGCGGGCUGAUGUGCAGCAGGUUCCAGAACCGCCGCUUGUCCUUCCGCUGGUUGAGGAUCUUCACCACCAAAUCGUCACACAAGUGCACUGUCGGCUCCUGCAGAAACAUACACAGACAGUGUCGUGCAGAUGAACGAGAUGGAUGGCGCGUGUGUCGUCUUGUCUGUCUGCCGCUCACGUUGACGAUUCGGUUGAUGUAUUGCUUGAUCUGCCCGAUGACGUUCAUGUCGGAGUCUUCGCACUGCAGGAAACGGCAGUUGACCCCGAUCACCUCCCAGGGCGAGUACCCUGCCACACACACACAACACACCAUCACACACACGCCAUCACACACGCGGAUGGACGGCUCUCGUUGCCCACGUUCGACUGAGUGUGUGCUGGCAUACCGGUGAGGUCGCAGAAGCCCGAGCUGACUAGAAUGAUGGGGCAGUCCUGCUGGUUGGGGUCGCACAGGAUGCUCGAGAAUGUGAGCUUGUCGAAGUCCUUCUGCUCCAGCUGGCGGUCCUUCUGGGCCAGCGCCAUGCUGUACUUCAGGCGCAAAUCCUCAACUGAAAACACACACACACAGGAAGGACACACGCACCACAACAGGCACACAUGAGUGGCGAACACACGCACACACACACACGUGUCUGGCGUGCUGUGGCUGUCGUGCGAUCCCCACCUUGCGAUUCGAGCUCCUUGAGGCGCUUCCGCAGCCCCAUGUUCUCCUCGCGCAGCUCCUCCAGGUUGACCUGCAAAGAACACACAAAAGCGGUAAGAACACUUGGCCUUGGCGCCAAGGCCAGCUGACCUUUUGACUCUCCUUGAGCGACGACGAUGCACCACCUCCCUCGCCCUCGCCUGCCGUCGCCAUCAUCUGCCCCUCCCCAUCUCCUCGGCCGAGCCCGCCGCCAGUGUGCUCAUCUAGGUCGGUGGACACGGAUCCCAUCCUGUCGCGGCUCGUGCGGUUCUUCUUGAGCUCACUCAUGUCGUUGGUGAGGGGGAUGGUGUGCUUCUUGGCACGCGCAGGACGCUCCGGCAGGACGCUCUGAUCAGGCUGACCAGAUAUCAUGUCAGCACGAGGAUCACAAGCCUCACACUGUGCACCAUCGGCCAUCACUGAUGCGCG